UACUAUAUUGUUCAUCUCUCUCAAAUAGACUUGAGUUAUUUGAGCUGUGUGCCCUUAAAAUCAUCUUUAAAGUUUAUACUUUGACGUGGUUAGAACUGACUUGAUAUUGUUGAUUUGCUUUACAUCAAAGGGGAUCAAAAGACCAACAAGGGCAAUCACGUUCCUCUGGAAGUUUCUUCGCAGCAGCAGCAGCCAUGGUAAAUGUUUUACCAGGUGAAGCAGCUGGCAUUAUUACCUUCUUGAAAGACAAAAGAGUGGACGAGCUCAGGAAGCUUCUUUCUGACAAAGAUGCGCAUCAGCAGUUUCUUCUCUCUCUUGACCAGGUCAAAAUCCAGAGCAAUAACAAAGAUGAGCUCCGCAGAGAAACAUUGCAGCUAGCUAGAGAGAACUUAGAGAAGGAGCCACAGAUAACGGAGCUCAGAAACCAAGCGAGUUAUCAACAACCAAAAUUAUUUUUCGCAUUGAAACCAAACUAUGUUUUUCUUUAAUAAGACAAAAACAAAACUACACCAAAGUUUAAAUUCUCUGUAAUCUGAUAAAUGAAAUUACAACAGCAAAUCUUAGACAACAAAAAGCCAAAAGCCCCUUA